AACUGCCUUCCCGCGCAGUUAAACCGGCUCAACAACGCAUCCACAUUCACGGAUAAUCUGACAAAAUGGACGAGCUUUAUUUGGAUAACAUCGACGAAUAUGUCAAUGACCAGGAUAAGAUAGUGACUUAUAAAUGGCUGAGCCUCACUCUGGGAGUCCAUGUCAACACAGCCAAACAAAUGCUCUUCCAUUAUUUGGAUCACAAGAGGAAGGAGAGUUCGGCUCAGCUCCAUGCCACCUACCUCGUGUCAGGAAAGUGUGUGGACAACGGCCAAGCGAGUCACAAGGUGUCGGUUAUAAAAGAGGACAAGUUGGAAGACUUCAAAUCCAAGAUGAGCUUGAUAGUCAGUGUCCACGUCUACAGUGUGCAGAAAGCUUUGCUGAAAGACAGCGGUCCGCUCUACAGCGUGGACUAUGAUGCCGUGAAGGACAAUAUGAAGAACUGCAGCAAGUACAGUGCGAUCCGCUGUGCCGGGGCAGUGCCCGUGUCCUCUGUGGAGCUGCAGCAGACGAGAGAAAUCCAGAGAGCUCCUUCCCCAGAGCCUGAGAGCAAAAAGUCUGGCAUGAACGGGAGUGCUCAUCAGGCGUCGAAGCCUUCCACCAAGCCACAGAAAGGCAUCAUGGGAAUGUUUGCGAGUAAGACUUCUUCUAAGAACCAGGAUAACGGCAAAGAGGUUAAGUCUGAGCAGAAGGAGGAAGCACCUGUGGACGAUGCCCCCAAAAGCAAGCCAGCUGUAAAAGCCAAUCCUAUGAUGAACUUCUUUGGGAGUCAAGCAGCAAAGAAACCAGAAAAGACUGUGAAGCAGGAGGAAGCUCCUCCGUCGUCUUCAUCAUGUGAACAGAAACGUCCGCAGCCCGAAGAAAAAACACAAGCUGCUGUCGUGAAGCCAAAACCUAAAGACAACCCAGAAGAGGUCCAGGAGGUCAAAACCAAGCGAGUCGAGGAAUCUGACAGCGAAGAAGAUAAAAUGGACAAGAAAAAGAGACGCAGGAUUAAGAAGCCUGUGUCAGACAGCAGCGAUGAAGAUGUGAUUCCAGAUUCUCCGCAGCAGAUGGAAACAAGAGAACCGUCGCCGAGUCCUAAGAAGGAGAUCAAGGCUGUUUCACAUUCACAUCAGCGAGACGCUGAGAUGAAGACGAGGAAGAUACUGACGAGUCCUGAAAUCUUGUACCUUUUAGAUGACGAAGGAUGCAUGGUGACAGAGAAGGGCUAUGAGAGUGAGUCGUACUCUGAAACAGAAGACGACUUCCAGGCCGCGAAACCAGCCCCGAAACAUCCCGUUCCCGCAAAACUACCUGCGAGCAAACCGGACGAGAAGAAGAGCCAGAAGAAAAAUAACGCAAAUGCAAAAGGAUCUAAACAAGCUUCAAUUAUGGGAUUUUUCCAGAAGAAAUGAUGAGAGCAACGACAGACCCUUUUUAUCGGCACUGAGGAACAACAAGCACUGCUGCAGACUUUCUGUGAUGAGGUUUUGGUGACUUGAAAUACAUGGACAUAUACAAAUCAGUAUGACGGCUGUUAUCCUUUUCACCUUACCAUUACCUGCUUUUACUACAUGACCUACUAAAUAAACAAUAAAUACUGAAACUUAA